AUGAGUGGUGGAGGUGGGGCCUGGCCGAUAUGGUUUGUGCACCCUCCCUCCAUAGAUUUGGUACAGGGUCAGAAUGGCUGGGGAGUGACUUACACUUCUACUAAGAUCUGUGCCUUAAAAGGAUCAACAGUGGACAUAAACUGCACCUACAGAUACCCAUCUAAGAUAAAUAAUGUUGAUACUGCAGUUGAUGAAACACCCAGGAUGAAAGUCACUUUUAUCACAGUUGAGAAAACAUUCUGGUUAACUAAAUGGAGUAAUAAUGAACCUGUAGAUCUGACAACAGACUCAGACUACACAGGUCGUGUGCAGUAUCACUGUGAUAAGAACAACUGCACUCUGAGAAUCACAGACCUGAGAGAAAGUGACUCAGCUGAGUACAAGUUCAGGGUCAUAACAAACCAAGAAGGGAGAUAUUCUGGUUCACCUGGAGUCUUUUUGACUGUCACAGUUGAUCCGGGCCUCCAAGUGCAAGUUAGGACAUCUUCAUCCAACUCACAUUCCACCAGAAAAGAGCUGACAUGUUACAGCAAAUGUCAGCUGCCUGGUCAUCUUUCUUACAUCUGGUACAAGAAUGACCAACCAACUGAGGAGACGAGAGCUAACUUUUAUCUGAACCAAAAUAAUCCUGAUGACAACUACUCUUGUGCUCUAUCAGGAUACGAGUCUUUCCGCUCUCCUUCAGUGUAUGCUCCAAAGCUUCCCUCUGUGUCAGUGAGUCCCUCUGGUGAAAUCAUUGAGGGCAGUUCAGUCAAUCUGACCUGUAGCAGUGAUGCUAACCCAGCAGCUAAAUACACCUGGUACAAGAAGAAUGUAAAUCCAGACCUUCAACCUCUCAGUAAAGAACCACAGCUUGUCUUCAGCUCCAUCCAGUCCUCUGAAUCUGGAGAGUAUUACUGUACAACUGAGAACCAGCUGGGGAAGAAUACAUCUGAAUACAUCUUUAUUGAUGUGAAAUAUGCUCCAAAGCUUCCCUCUGUGUCAGCGAGUCCCUCUGCUGAGAUAGUGGAGGGCAGUUCAGUGACUCUGACCUGUAGCAGUGAUGCUAACCCAGCAGCUAGUUACACCUGGUACAAGGAGAAUGAAGACUCACCAAAAGCAUCAGGACAGAUCUUCACCAUCACUGAUGUCAGACCUGAACACAGUGGGAAUUAUUCCUGUGAAGCCCAGAACAGAAUAGGACGUCAUAACUCCACCUUACAUCUGACUGUUGUAAAAGGAACAGGAACAGGAAUAACAAUCAUCGCUGCUGGAGGAACAGCUGCUGUUCUCCUGCUUGUCAUAAUCCUCUCUGUCUUCCUAUGGAUGAGGAAAACGAGAGCAUCCGAUCAAUCGUCUGAGGCUGUGGUGAGACCAGACGACAGAGAGAGGACACAGCCAGCGGAGCAAGAUAACCUUCUGUACGCCAGCGUGCAGUUCUCCAGCAACCAGGCAGAUCCUCUCUACUCCAACAUCGGUUCAGCUCAGCUCCACAGACACAUGGAGGAACAAGAAGUUACCGAAUACGCUGCUGUCAAAUUUGACAAAGCCGGUAAUGCCCCGAGAACCAGAGUGGUACAGGGUCAGAAUGACUGGGGAGUGACUUACACUUCUACUCACAUCUGUGCCUUAAAAGGAUCAACAGUGGACAUACACUGCACCUACAGAUACCCAUCCAGAGUAAAUAAUGUUGAUACUGCAGUUAAUGAAUCAUUCUGGUUCACUAAAUUGAGUAAUAAUGAACCUGUGGAUCUGAGAACAGACUCAGAGUACGCAGGUCGUGUGCAGUAUCACUGUGAUAAGAACGACUGCACUCUGAGAUUCACAGACCUGAGAGAGAGAGACUCAGCUGAGUACAAGUUCAGGUUCAUAACAAACCAAACAGGAAGGAGAUAUACUGGUUCACCUGGAGUCACUUUGACUGUCACAGAUUUCCAGGUGAAGGUGAUCCAAUCAACACACUACUCACAAUAUACCUGGGCAAAGCUGAAGUGUCACAGCAGCUGUCAUCUACCUGAUAGUUCUUCCUACAUCUGGUACAAAAAUGGACAUGAGAGUUAUAGAGGAAACUCUAAUUCUUAUUCAUACUACUUCUAUCAUACAGACAGCUUUUCCUGUGCUGUUACAGGAUAUGAGGAUUUCCCCUCUCUUCCAGUUUAUGCCCCAAAAUCCACCUCUGUGUCAAUGAGUACCUCUAGUGGAAUUAAGGAGGGCAGUUCAGUGACUCUGACCUGUAGCAGUGAUGCUAACCCAGAAGCUAAUUACACCUGGUACAAGAGUGGAGGUCGUGAAGUUAGCUUAGGAGUUCGACAGCUCGUCUUCAAGUCCAUCAAGUCCUCUGACUCUGGAGAGUAUUACUGUACAGCUGAGAACGGGCUGGGGAGGACAACAUCUAAAUCUACCUUCAUAAAUGUGAAAUAUGCUCCAAAGCUUCCCUCUGUGUCAGUGAGUCCCUCUGCUGAGAUAAUGGAGGGCAGUUCAGUGAAUCUGACCUGUAGCAGUGAUGCUAACCCAGCAGCUAAUUACACCUGGUACAGGGAGAAUGAAGACUCACCAAAAGCAUCAGGACAUAUCUUCACCAUCACUGAUGUCAGACCUGAACACAGUGGGAAUUAUUCCUGUGAAGCCCAGAACAGAAGAGGACGUCAUAACUCCACUUUACAUCUGAAUGUUGUAAAAGGAACAGGAAAAUCAAUCGCUGCUGGAGUAACAGCUGCUGUUCUCUUGGUUAUCAUAAUCCUCUCUGUCUUCCUAUGGAUGAGGAAAAAGAGAGCCUCCAAUCAAUCGUCUGAGGCUGAGGAGAGGCCAGACGACAGAGAGAGGACACAGCCAGCAGAGCAAGAAAACGUUCUGUACGCCAGCGUGCAGUUCUCCAACAACCAGACAGAUCCUCUCUACUCCAACAUCAGAUCAGCUCAGCUCCACAGACACAUGGAGGAACAAGAGGUUAACGAGUACGCUGCUGUCAACUUUAACAGAGCCGGUAAUGCCCCGAGAACCGGAGGUCAGGAUACUGGGGAAGAUCCAACUGCACUGUACAGCACAGUCAACAAAAAAUGAACACAUCAGCAAUCUCACGUUUUUUUUGAAAACAAUGACAAAAUACUCCCACACACCUUCUCAUUUACAGCUGGAAUAUUGAUUAAAGAGGAACUAUUAUGCUUUUCCUUAUUGUCAGUCAUGUAUAUGAUGUCACCAUGUCGGAUGUUCAUUUUAAAAGUGGCUGAUGUGUCAAAUAAUGAGGUAAACAUAGAAAAAAUCCCUGUGAGCCAAACGCACCGGUUUCAUACCACUCUGAACAUUCGGGUUCCAAUCGUUCUUCCUGCCACUAGAUAUCAGUAAUGAUUUUUAUUUCAUUGAUGACAGAACAUGUAUUAUAUGUAUUUACACUAUAUCUUCCAGUUUCAUUAUCACAACCAGUUAUAUUGUCAGUAUUACAUUUAUCUCAUGAAUUCUUUCUACUGUCUUACUGUAACAUUACAAUUGUCUAUUUUUCUGCAUUCUUUAUUCAUAUUAUUAGAGUCUGUUUUU